AUGGCUGGUGAUUCUAGGAAUGCUAUGAACCAGGAUAUGGAGAUUGGCGUCACUCCCUGGGACCCCAAGAAGAUUCCCAAACAGGCCCGCGAUUACGUCCCCGUUGCCACAGACCGCACCCGCCUGCUGGCAGAAGGCAAGAAGCCGCGCCAGCGCUACAUGGAGAAGAGCGGCAAGUGCAACGUGCACCACGGCAACGUCCAGGAAACCUACCGGUACCUGAGCGACCUGUUCACCACCCUGGUGGACCUCAAGUGGCGCUUCAACCUGCUCGUCUUCACCAUGGUGUACACCGUCACCUGGCUGUUCUUUGGUUUCAUCUGGUGGCUCAUCGCUUAUAUCCGGGGAGAUCUGGACCACGUUGGCGACCAAGAGUGGAUUCCCUGCGUUAAAAACCUCAGUGGCUUCGUGUCUGCUUUCCUGUUCUCCAUCGAGACUGAAACAACCAUCGGGUAUGGCUUUCGGGUCAUCACAGAGAAGUGUCCAGAGGGGAUCAUACUCCUUUUGGUCCAGGCCAUCCUGGGCUCCAUCGUCAAUGCCUUCAUGGUGGGAUGCAUGUUUGUCAAGAUCAGCCAGCCGAAGAAGAGAGCGGAGACCCUCAUGUUUUCCAACAACGCGGUCAUCUCCAUGCGGGACGAGAAGCUGUGCCUCAUGUUCCGGGUGGGUGACCUCCGCAACUCCCACAUCGUGGAGGCCUCCAUCCGUGCCAAGCUCAUCAAGUCCCGGCAGACCAAAGAAGGCGAAUUCAUCCCUCUGAACCAGACCGACAUUAACGUGGGCUUCGACACGGGUGACGACCGCCUCUUCCUGGUGUCUCCGCUCAUCAUUUCCCACGAGAUCAACGAGAAGAGCCCCUUCUGGGAGAUGUCUCGGGUUCAGCUAGAGCAGGAGGAGUUUGAGGUCGUGGUUAUUCUAGAAGGAAUGGUAGAGGCAACGGGCAUGACUUGCCAAGCACGGAGCUCCUACAUGGAUACAGAGGUACUCUGGGGCCACCGAUUCACACCAGUCCUCACCUUGGAAAAGGGAUUCUAUGAGGUGGACUACAACACCUUCCAUGAUACCUAUGAGACCAACACACCCAGCUGCUGUGCCAAAGAGCUGGCGGAAAUGAAGCGGGAAGGUCGGCUCCAGUACCUUCCUAGCCCCCCGCUGCUGGGGGGCUGUGCCGAGGCAGGGCAGGAUGCAGAGGCUGAGCAGGACAGAGAGGAGGAGCCUGAGGAGCUAAGAGGGUCUCGGAAGACCAGGGGCUUGGUGUGA